CGCACAAAAUCCAUGCUGCUGCGACGGAUCCACGCAACAGUGGAUGCUGGGUGCAGCCGAAGUUCCGAGGUGGAUCUGCAUGGACGGAGACGGCGUCAUUAACACUUUUGAGUUGUUCCCAUGACGGCGACGGCCCCCAACAACAACCCUUUACUGACGGACUGGUCGUCUCGCCCGUACUCCCUUCCGCCGUUUGAUGAGAUCGAAGCAAGCCACUUCAAGCCUGCGAUUGAAGCAGGCCAAAUGGAACACUUGUCGGACCUCAAGCAGAUCGCGGAGAACUCGGACCCGCCGACGUUCGACAACACAAUCAAAGCCCUCGAUCGAGCUGGUGGUCUCCUCAGUCGAGUCCUGGGUGUAUUCCACAACUUGUCGAGCUCCAUGUGUCUGCCCGAACUCAGAUCGGUUGAACGCGAACUUGUCGGUCCAUUGGCCGACCAUGCGGCGGCCACCACGUCGUAUCCAGGGCUCUUUGUACGCAUCAAGCAUGUACACGACAACCGAGACACGGCCAAGUUGGAAGGCGAGCAACUCCGCCUUGUCGAGCGUAUCUAUACCGAUUUUGUUCGCGCGGGAGCACUCUUUGACCAACAAGCUCAAAACAAGUACAAUGCCAUUGUCAAGGAACUUGCGCAGCUCAUGACGACGUUUCGCCAAAACAUCACGGCCGACGAGACCGAAGUGACAGUCCCCGUGACAGAGGAAGAGCUUGUUGGAAGCCCCGACUACAUUGUUCAAUCGGCCCGCCAGGCCGCGGUGGACCGCAACCUGGAGGGACAUGUUGUCACGUUGGCGCGAUCGAUGGUCGAGCCGUUUCUCACCCUCUGCCCCAAUGCCGAUGCCCGCGAACGGGUGUGGCGCGAAUGGAACUUCCGAGGGGAGUUGACGCCCGGCCGGGAUAACAACCCGAUCGCGGUGCGCAUAUUGGAGCUCCGCAUUGCUCAAGCCAAAAUGCACGGGUUCAACACGUUCGCCGAGUACCAGACGAGCGACACGAUGGCCAAGACGCCGGCAGCUGUCAUGGAUCUGCUGGAGCGCGUGUGGGUGCCAGCAAGGGACACUGCCUUGCGCGAACGGGAAGUUCUCAUGUCGUAUGCGGCAUCCAUGAGCGAUGCCACACCACCCAUCCUUCGCCCGUCGGACUGGCGAUACUAUGCCGAAAAGGUGCGAGCGUCGACAUUCGACCUCGACGACAGCUCGGUAAAGCCGUACUUCAGCUUGGAUCGUAUGGUUGAAGCCGUGAUGGACGUGGCCCACAACCUGUACGGGUUGACGUUCGUACAUCGAUCGGACAUCAAGGCAUACCACCCCGACGUGCGCGUGUACGAAGUGCACGUUGAGAACGAAGUGAUUGCGAUCUUCCUCCACGACAACUUUGCGCGGCCGUUCAAACGAGGGGGGGCGUGGAUGAGUCAGUUCCGCGGCCAGCAUCGCAACACACCCGACGGAUCCAACGUGAUUCCCAUCGUGAUCAACAACAACAACUUUACCAAGGGCCACCCCGCCACGCUCCUCUCGUUUAACAACGUGAAGACUCUCUUCCACGAGUUCGGUCAUGGCUGCCAUGGCAUGCUGUCGAAUGCCACGUAUAAGAGACUCGGAGGCACGCAAGUGCCCAAGGACUUUGUUGAGCUGCCGUCGCAACUGAUGGAGCACUGGAUGAGCCAGCCGCAAGUCCUCGCCAAGCAUGCACGACACGUCGACACGAACGAGCCGAUUCCUCCCGCGCUUCUGAAGAAGGUCACGGUGGCGAUGAAAUUUCACCAGGGGUUUGCCACCGUGGAACAUGUUGCUUGCACUUUCAUUGAUCAAGCUCUUCAUGCUCUCCAAUCCGUCGAUGGAUUGGACCUGGUCGAGUUUGAGCGCGACAUGCUGACCAAGCUUGGCAUGCCUUCCGGCAUUAUGCUGCGCCACCGCCUGCCCCAUUUCAACCACUUGUUUGGUGCAUCUUCCUACGCGGCAGGGUACUAUGUCUACCUCUGGGCAGCUGUCCUGGAUGCCGAUGCGUUCGAAGCAUUUGUGGAGGCUGGCAACAUCUUCGACAAGGACACUGCUGACCGCGCUCGCACGUACAUCUACUCAUCAGGAAAUACCCGGGACCAAAUGGAAGCGUACCGUGCCUUCCGCGGCCGCGAUCCGUCCAUCAACGCGCUCAUGAAAAAGAAGGGGUUUGUAGAAAAUUAGUGCACGAAAUAUCGCCAUUUUGUCCUAUUGUUGUGAUAAUUUGGGUUGUCCUGUACUCAACUGUGU